AUGGCCGGGCCGACUGUUGGAACGGCUCCCCAAUUGGAGCUCUCUCCUACUGAGGGAGACGGGGAGUGCAACCGCUACCGAGCAAACAGCAAAACAGGCUACACGGGGAGUGACCGCCUUAACCACGAUUUCGUUAUCCUGCGGAAAGGAAGAAGGGGUUCUUUUCCACUGUUCUUCACUGUUGCUGGCGCAGCCCUCGCUUGUGCCGCGCUCGCCUAUAUGAUCGUCUCAUGCUCUCUUGCACUUGGACGCCUCCCCUAUUCGUCAGAAUCAAAGCGCCAGCUUGCUGCUGGCCAAGGGGAGUUUUGUGCCCCGCAGGAAGGAGGGGAUACCGGCGACGUCGUAGGAGAUGAUGGAGUUCCCACUGCCCCGAUGCUUCCCGCUCUGGAAGUGGAGGCUCAAGAUGAAGAGGAGGUUUCACAGGCUGGCGUGGCAGAGGGCCAACUUGGUGAUGGCGGAGGUCCAGACGGAGACGGUAUAUACAUGGAGAUGAGGAGCAUAGUGAGCUCAGCUUCCGUACGUCUGGCGACUGAGUCGUUGUUCCCUCAUGUUUAA